GUUCACCCUGCCAACAUUCUAUAGUUGCGUUCUAUGAUAUGUCCCUACAGAACCCCUCCGCUGCUGUAUAUCCAGCAUAACUUGGCAUUGUAGAUGUCGUAAUGUUAAACAUGCGAUUACCUGCCCACAAUGCUCGAUUCCUCUCUUAAAAACCGAGCAACAUUGUCUGCUGAGUGGUAUCGAUGGAUUCCUUUGACUCUUUUUCUGAACCUAGUGAUCUGCUAGAGGGUUUUGAAUAUCGUUACAUGUCUGUCUCUGCCUACCAAUCUGCAGGUUCACAUGGUGGUUUUGUGCCUACUGGUGACUCAGAUCAUUUAGUCACUGUUCCUUUCGAGAGUCGAAGCAGAAUUGUGGUUGAUGGUCUCGUAUGGCCUACUCAUAUACUACACGCGCCACAGCCCAGUCGUCCUCUGGUUUAUCCGUGGUCUGGUUCUAUGUACACGGGUUUUUACUCGACGAACAACCAGAUAAUUGGAAUGAACAUCCCUAGACCCUCCGCCCCUAUUCCCGCCCUUCAGAUGCGAGACGACUUGCUUGCAAAUUUCCAUGACAUCUCCGAUAACCUACCACUUCGCCUUCCGCGUGGUACUAGUCGCUUCGAGCCAUACCAUAACGAUCGUUCCCAUAAGUACCAUGACGCAUUUAUCUGUCAGUGGGAUAACGAAGGAGCACUUUGUGGUGAUGAGCUUCAAGCUACACCCAAAGAUAUUUUCGCCCACCUGCGGCAAGAUCAUGGUAUUGGGGUUAGCAACAAGGGAACUUAUCGUUGCCUCUGGAUUACAGCUUAUGGUCGCUGUGAAGAUCGGCUGAAGUUCCAGAGUUUUGGGCGUCACAUCAUUAAGCACGCUGGUAUCAGAUUUAAAUGUUCUCUCUGCGACAUGACAAUGCCAGCUAGGAACGACCUCGCUACCCAGCAUCGCCAUCACCACCCGAAUUGUUCUCAAGCAGACUUCUUCGUCAUCCAAAGUCAAGCAUCAUUCUGACAACGGCCACCACUCUUUUGCGAUGUUUCGGAUGAUUUGUCGCAUGUCAUGUGAUAUGUGA